GACAACAAAAAAAUCUUCACUAGCCUUUUUGUGAGAAUGAGGCAGUGAGACUCACUGGUGCCUAGCUGGAGGUAGCAGUGUCUCACAGUCUGGAUGUGAAAAGGUUUCUUUGAAAGGGAGCUCCACAAACUAGCAAAAGCUUAACAGGAACUGCAUGAUGGAGGUGGCUACUGGCCAGUGAAAUGUGAAGAUGUCUAUAAAGCCACAAUCAUUGUUUUGUUGAUGGGAACCCUGAAAUCCUGCCACAUGAGAAUACUGAAGAAAUCUCCAGUGGCUUCCCGAGCGUCAUGUCAGUAGCUUUGCCUUCUUCCCCAGGUGGGCCCAAUGGUAUUAUUAGAAGUCAGUCUUUUGCAGGAUUCAGCGCCCAGCAGGAAAGAAGAUCUAGGUCUCACUCAUUCAUUGCAAAUAACGGAGCUCUGAGGAAACCACAAGGAAAACUAAAGAAAAUGAAUGCUUCAUCCUAUAAGAACAAUUGCACACCCAAAGAUGUGGAGCCAAAGCGAAUGGAGGAAGUUUACAAGUCUCUGAAGAUAGGACUAACUGAAUACCUGGAAGUGCAUAAUGCAGAACUGGACAAGCUAACUACUCAGCUAAAAGAUAUGAAGCAUAACUCCAGACUGGGUGUCAUAUAUGAGCUGGAUAAGCAAAUCAAAGCAAUUGAGCGAUAUGUCAGAAGGCUGGAGUUCCAUAUCAGCAAGGUGGAUGAGUUGUAUGAGACAUUUUGCAUCCAGAAAAGGCUUCGAGAUGGAGCUUCCAAAUUGAAACAGGCCUUUGAAAUGUCUCCUUCCACUAAGGGUGCUCGGGAAAGCCUAGCAGCGAUACAGAAGAGCUACAAAGAAAACACAGAGGCGUUGUGCUCACUGGAAGGAGAGAUUGGAAGCCUGCUGGGAGAAUUUCACAUUAAGAUGAAAGGUUUAGCUGGUUUUGCACGUCUGUGCCCAGGAGAUCAGUAUGAGAUCUUUAUGCGCUACGGACGUCAAAGGUGGAAAUUAAAAGGCAAAAUAGAAGUGAAUGACCGACAAAGCUGGGAUGGAGAGGAGAUGGUUUUCUUACCUCUGAUUAAUGAAUUCUUCUCAAUUAAGGUGUCAGAGUUGAAGGGAUUGGCUACUCAUCUCCUGAUUGGAAGUGUCAUCUGUGAAACUAAGGACCUGUUCACAGCCAGACCACAAAUGGUUGCCGUGGACAUCAAUGACCUUGGAACUGUUAAAUUAAACCUUGAGGUCACAUGGUAUCCAUUUGACAAGGAAGACCUGACUCCAUCCACAGGCAAUCUACAUAAAGCCUCCAGUGUGCAAAGACGAUGUUCCAUAUACAGCCAAAACACCCCAGAAACACCCACCUUUGAAGACUUCUCCUUCUUUAAAUGCCUGCAGCCAUCACCAGACAGACUACGGCUGUCAUUCAUAGAUGCUCUUCGGGACACGUUCUUUGACAAACUCAGACGGAGUCGCUCAUUCAGUGACCUGCCAUCUCUUAGGCUGCGGCCUAGGGAAAGGCUGGAACUCUAUUCUUCGCAGCUUGAGGAUGACAUCUUUGACAACGAGAACUCGACCAGUGAGUCCGUUUCAUUUAGCCAUGGUUACCUUGCAAAUGGUACAUGUAUCAGCCAGCCCAGUUUGACACCCGCUAGCCGAGUUUACUCCAAUCCUGAAAUCACAGUGACUCCACCCGAUAUUCAAGAUAAAGACUCUGAAUCUCAGAUUCCAGUUGCUGAGGCAAAUGAUAUAUCAAUAUCAGAAAGUGAAACAGAGAGAACUGGUCAUACAAAUGCACUUCAAUCUGACCAAGGAGAAGAGGUAACAGAUAUUGGAGACCUGUCACCUGUGCAAGUAGGAUGCCGGCAACAAGGAUCCAGCCAAGAAACUAACAUUUUUUUAGAAUCCAAAGACACGAUGGGAAUCCUUCAAGAUUCAGAUGAGCUGCCUGACCUAAAACCUGUUGAACUGGAUGCAUAUGAAGGAAAUCUAACCAAACAACUGGUGAAGCGAUUAACCUCAACAGAAAGGCUACUGACUCCAGGUGGACAGGAAUGUGACGCCUUUCUAUCGAACGAAUAUGAAGGAACCAGGUCAGUGUCGGAGAUGAGCCUAGAGGAAGCUCUGCAGGGUCUUCUUCUAUCGUUGGAGCCGCACAAAGAGCAAUAUAAAGAACUUCAAGAUUUGGACCAAGAAGUCAUGAGACUUGAGGACCUGUUAAAGUGCAAACCGAAUACAAACAGAAGCAGAUCAUCCAGUUUAAGUCUGACUGUUGAAAGUGCUUUAGAAAGCUUUGACUUCCUCAACACAUCAGACUUUGAUGAGGAUGACGGCGGUGAUCAUGAUGCCAACUCUGAAUGUUCUGACAUUGAGGCUCAGAAAACCAUUUGCUCAGAGCACCCAGAUGCCAGGGGUCAUCUCAGUGAGGCACUGACAGAAGACACGGGCGUUGGCACUAGUGUUGCUGGAAGUCCUCUUCCACUUACCACUGGAAAUGAAAAUCUCGACUUAACUAUUGUCAAACACUUACAGCACUCUGAAAAGCUUUUUCAGCAACUUCUAUCAUUUGAAGAAUGGCCAGUCAUUCGGGACAGCCUCCUGGCUAAGAUUUCCCAGCAAACCCGUGUACUUGAACAUCUGGCUGAGCUCAGCACAGAGAAACCAGGAAAUAUUAACCCUGCAUUAGAAGUUAUUCCACAGUUAAAGAAAAAUCAGGCUUUACUCUCUAGCUGGCUCGAGAGUUCCAGCUCAGGAAAUACAUUUUACGCUCCAAUGGACAGAUUGAUAAAACAAAUGAGUUUCCAUUUUGGCAAAAAUGUAAACGAAACGUGUCCGGGUCACUCUGAAACAGUCUUUCGAACCAUUGUGAAUCAGAUGCUCGAUAAAUCUGAGUUGUUCACUGCCCCUGACGCACAGGAAGUGAUAACUGUCUGCCAGUUUGUUAACUAUUUAUCAAGUCACAACAUAUCUGAUUUUGGAGAGCACCUGACACAGCUGGCAAAUGAAGUUGAGCUGCAGCAGACUCUUCAAUCCUUGCAACCAGAAAAGACGCUCGAGACAUUGGAGGAGCAGCCAGCUCAGAACCUUCAACCUUUAGAGGAGACCUUAAAGGCGAUUGCUUUCCUUCUACUGGAGAUGAACAACGACCUGGUACAAGCUGCCACUUCUUUCCUCACCACAGCAUCAACAAACAACAAUUUCAGAGAAAAGGCUUUGCUCUAUUACACCAAGGCACUGACCCAACCCAAUGUAAAGAUCCAAAGGGCUGCUUGCACAGCACUAAAAUGUAUUAAAGCUUGUGAAAGCAUUGAUAUAUUGGUGAGUUUGUGCCAAUCUGAAAGAGAACUCCUCCGGCAAGCCGCUGCUGAAUCACUCCUCUCGCUAGGAGAAGAAGGCUGCUUGGCUUAUGAGCAGUUGGACAAAGUCCCUCAGGAUAUGGUGCAACUUGCAGGAAGACGAGGAAAUGCAGUCAGCACUGCCUUUUAAAAGGGAACGCUGCACCACACUUCAGUAUUACAACCUGCCCAUGUGGAUGGAAGUUGCACAAACUCUGCAUUGAGGGUGAAAGAUGCUAGUGGCAAUGUCCAGGAGAACCAGAACUGCUCACUCUGAAUCAAACACCUUUCACUUGGCAGUUUGCCUUCCCCAACAAUAGUCAUCAUCCAAAGAGGAAACAAAUGAAUCAAUGAGUUAUUUCAUUCAAACAUUUUACCAAAGUUGUUCAAACUCCACGGAAAUCACUUUAUUUUGUGUUAAUUUAUUUAGAAUUAAGUGAAAUGUUUUAACUACUGAAUUUCCCAUUUCUUAUCGUUUUUUUGAGAUCACACUGGCAUUACAUUUUUUUUAAUUUGCACAUUUUUGACUUGAGUUAUCAGGGUACGCCAUGUAUAUAGUGCAGCUCUGGUUAAUAUAUUCUUACUUUCUUUUAGCUUUCUGCUGUCCCAUGGCCAUGUUUUGGCCAAAUGGGUGAAACAAAAGCCAAAAAGAUACUGGGUCUGUAAGAAAGGUGAGUGCAGUGCAAUUGGGAGUGGCCCUUUAAAGUUUGCAUCCAUGUCAGAUGCAAUGUUUCAGCCACUAGGAUUUAGAAGCAAAAAAAAUUCUACAGACGAUGACAAUCAUCACCUGAAUAAUGCAGUACCUAUAGAUCUUGUAUGUGUUUCAUGCUUAAAAUACUCUUCCUACAAAGCACGAUCUCUCCUCCAAAUAUGUUGUACAUGAAGCUGAAAGGUUGGUCUCAAUAUAUGCCAGAGAUGAUAGAUUUAAGAGUGUGAGACUGUGGUACUAAUUUAUAAAAUAUUCAGAUCUGGGUUUACCUGCAGAAUGUCAGAACAAACAAAGACUGAGAGUUACAUCACCUACAAAUGAAUAGGUGCAGUUAUUAAAGAGGCAUAUCUCUGGCUCAGAUACUAUGUUGUAACUAGUCUGUUUGAAAUUUCAAUUUCCUUGCCUUGUCUUUCGGAGGAAAAAAACAUCAAGUUCUUUGUUUAUCUAGGUGGCAUUUUUAAAAUAAAAUUUCAAGUAUGCA